AGACAAACUUGUUCAAUAAAUUGAAACAUUGUACAAAUGAUAUUUGUUUUAAAUCAUACUACUAUCAUUCCUACAAGUUUGAUUGUUUGUUGUUGUUCAUGGAUGGCACUUAAUAAAUUAUGUCAAUUUGUUUUAAUCAUUUAAAACUCUGUGAGAUAGAUUGUUUUAAACAACGAACACCAACAAUAGUGAGGCAUAAAUUUAUUUUUAAAAAAAAGAUUUUCCAAAAUUCAUCUUGUGAAUUAAACUAUGCAAACAGGAGAACACCAUCAUCAUCAUCAUCAUCAUCAUCAUUGUCAUGUUCUUCAAGAGGUCGUAAUAAAUAUUUGAUAAGAAGUUUUGGAGAGUUUUCUAAGAAAAAUCCUAAUGAAUUAUCAUGCAUGAACACAGAAACCAUAUCAUCUCAUAAAAAAGACAAUGGUCGAUUAAGUUUUUUGGCUGGAUUGAAAAAACGACGUACGCUUGUUCAUCAUCGUCAUAGUAGUAUGCAAUAUGAUAAAGAAAAUGAACAGGAUGCUGAAAAUGACAACGGUGAAGUGGAUUUAAAUCAAAUUGGCAAAGAGAAUAUGAAUGCUGGUGGUCUAAGACGUAAUACAGUAUGCAGUACUAUUGGUGCUUUCAAAUCGAUUCGAACACGUGGUUUGAUGGAGUUGAGAAAGUCUAACAAAAACAGUGCUAAUGAACAGACGAAACAAUUAAAUUCAG